CUGAAGUUGCGGCUUGAAAACAGAUUUCUGAAAGACUGAAAAGUUCAAUAAGAGCAGAAAACUUGCUCAUUAUAAUAUUUACAGGUGAUAAAAGGAAAAUGGACCCCAAACCAGUGCAUCAAAACCCUCCUCAUGGAUUUGGCAGCUUCCUUCCACACCCUCCUGAUAACCCCAGACCUGGAGAACACAGAGCAACUCCACUGCAGUGCCACAGGAGCAAACUGCCCUCCAUGAGGAAAUGUCCCAGUGGAGAGCAGGGCACGCCAGCACCUACACCACAUGGCUCAGUGACCCAGCAGAGUUUACUGUGGCAGGCUGGCUGUGACUCAAACACCACCAAAGCAAACACUUUCCAGACCCCCGCUGACCUGUUCAGUAUCAUACAGAAGGACAGACACGGACCAACUACCCAGAUCCUGCAGCAGACAGACUUUACCUCAGGAGCCUACAUGCCUAAAGUACAGCUGCCCUACAGCUGCUCACGCGGCCGGUGGCCCCGCAAGAUCGAGAUCGAGAAGCGGAGACGGGAGUAUCUGAAGUUAGACAUCGCCCAGCUUCUGGCUGACCUUGACAUUGAUUCCAAUCAGCUGGUACCAAGAACCAUGAGCAGUGAGGAUCAACCAGAGACCUCCUGUCUCUCUACCUCUAAAACCCCCAGCCCACCAGUUGUUAACUAUCUGCCCCUGGAGAUAUUUGAUAACGAGGAGUUUGAUUCCCGCACACCUGAGGACUGGCUAGCUCUGGGCUGUGACCAGGGCUCGAGUGACCAAAAACCUGUUCCUGCCAAAGCUUUUCUGCCGACAAACGACACCGAUUCAGCUGAGGAGAAGAGGAGCAGUCCAGAGUAUACAUGGCAGUCUGUUGGGGUUCUAGAUUACAGCCCAGAGAAGAAGCAGUACAUGGUGCAAAAAGCUGAUCAGAAUGGCUGUGUGAGAGACAGCGAGGGCGAACCGGUUUUAGGUGGAGCAGAAAGAAACAAAGGCCCUCUGCAGUUGAAUCAGUACUGGGUUCCACGGAUCCGGCUGCAGUUCUGUGCUGAGGACCCGCGUAUCUUUGCUCUGAGGGUCCAGUUCGCCUGCAGAGCCAGGCACAACACUGAAGCUCUGCUACUGUACCAUCUGUCUGUAGACUGCAUGCCAGUCUGGAGCGGGACCCCCACACUGCAGCCCACCAGCCUCCAGCACAUCAAAACCCGCACCCUCAGCACACCAGGACUCCAACUCCCACUACUGCAGCAGUGCACGGAACGUCUAGAGAAAGAGAUUCACCUGGAGUAUGCCCGCACCAUGAACCGAAUGACCUUUGAUAAGCUUGUGCAGGCCAACCCCAAAGAGUUCUCCUACAUCACAUUGCCUGAGAAAGAAGCAGAGAGAGUGCCCAACAAAGGUUCCGUGUCUGUACCGGACUACCCGUUUGAGAAGAUCCGUGCCAAAUUCACCUUCAUCUCCCUGCUCACUAAGCCAGAAGUGAUCACUGCUUUGUCUAACGUUAGAGCUGAGUGUAACAGGGUGGCAGCCAUGAGCCUCUUUCAUGUCGCCUUUAGCAAGCCUCAACGCCUGGAAGAGUUUGAGCUGGCACAGUCACAGAUGCACACACAGGUGCAGCUUUUCCUGCGUGACACCUGGGUCACCAAUCUGUGUAACGGGAUCCACUCCAGCCUGCGUGACACCGGGCCUGGCUGGUACAGUCUAAGUGAGUCAAGCUGGCAGGUGUACUGCAUGUCCAAGCUGUGUCGCUUGAUGAUGCAGGUACGCUUCAAACUACAGGACUCCCUGCGAUUCUUGGUGCAGGACUCACUCACCAGCCUGGCUCAACUGGUCUUGGACGCCUGCCACAGCGUGCUGCACUGUCCCCCUGAUCUCACCUGGGGUGCUAACCUCAUCCACAGUCCCUACAAACCGAAGAAGAUCCCAUUGUUCCUUGUGGACCUGGUCAUGGACCAGACCGGGGUCCAUUACAGCACCCCGCUAGAGAACUUUGAGACUUCCGUCAUCAACCUGUUAGACAAAGGCAUCCUCUGCACUCAUAAACUCCCUCAGCUAGACAAGUUUGUCAUGAAGAACUUGUUUAUCAGUGGGGUUCCGCUGUUGGAGUCAGUGGGUCUGUGGGAGCCAGCAGUGAAGGAGCUGAGAGAGACAGUGGCCAAUGCCCUGCGCCAGGCCACCGUUCCUCUGCAAGCCUACGCCCGUGAAUACGAAUGCCACCUCGAGCUUCACAACUCUGACACCAACGCAUUCCUAAAGCUUUACAGUCAGGAGAACAGCACUCCUCUGGAGGUGAAGGAGGAGGUGUUGAGGCACCUAAAGGAGAAAGAAAUUUUGGAACAGUCCCUCCCCUCCAUCAUCGUGAUCGGGCCCUUCAUGGUGAACGUGGAGGCCGUGAGGAAGAACCUGUCUAAGAAACGUUGUGCUUUAGCCAAUGCCGUGAUCGAGCGCCUUGCUCUCAAGCUCCGCAACCAAAUGGAGGAGGCAUGUGAAGAGUGCAAGCUGAUCAGCAGGAAGCUGUAUGAGAAGCCUAACAGCAUCGAGGAGCUGGCAGAGCAGAGGGACUGGAUGAAGCAGAUCCCAGAUCAGUUGAAGGCCCAUGAAGAAAUCUUGUCCAAAGCCAUGUCUGACUAUGAGCUAAUAGAUGAGUUCUUCUACAAUCUCACCAAUGAGGAUUUCACUGGGAAAUGGACAGCAAUGGCCUGGCCACAUAAGAUCCUCAGUCAGAUUGAAAAUGUGCACCUACAGCAUGAAGAGGAUGAGGAACGCUUCCAAAAGAUCCAGCUGGUUGACCAGAGCAAUUUCCAGGAGCGUCUGGACUCCCUAGAGAUGGUGGUUGCAGGCUUUGCUGCCUAUACAGACAUCAGUCAUGCCCAUGAAGUGGCAAAUGAAAUGCGUCGGGUUGCAAAGCAGCUGAAGGAGUGUCAGGGCAUGGCGCAGGUUUACAACAACCGUGAGCGCCUCUUUGGCCUCCCCCUCACUAAUUAUGACAGGUUGCAAAAGCUUAAUCGAGACUUUCAGCCUUUCCGGGACCUGUGGACAACCACGUCUGAUUGGCAGCGUUGGCAUGACAGCUGGCUAAAUGACCCGCUGUCCUCUAUUGACCCAGAACAGCUGGAGCGCAAUGUCAGCGAUGCCUUCAAGACCAUGCAUAAGUGUGUCAAACUGUUCAAAGACAUACCAUCCUGUCAGGAUGUGGCUUCCUACGUCCGUGGCCUGAUUGAGAAGUUCCAGCCAAACAUCCCCUUGAUUCAGGGCCUGAGGAACCCGGGCAUGCGCAGCCGCCACUGGACCCUUCUGUCUGAACGCCUCAACAUGAAUGUGAUGCCCAAAGCCAACCUUACGUUCUCCCGCUGCCUGGAGCUCGGCCUGCUUCAGCACGUAGAUGAGAUUGCACACGUCGCAGAGGUGGCUGGCAAAGAGUACGCCAUUGAGCAGGCUCUGGAUAAGAUGCAAAGCGAGUGGAAGUCUGUCACGUUUGAGGUUUUGGCGUAUAAGGAGACGGGCACCUACAUCCUGAAGAGUCCUGACGAGGCGUCCCAGCUGCUGGAUGACCACAUCGUGAUGACCCAGAGCAUGUCGUUCUCUCCCUACAAGAAGGCAUUUGAGGAUAGAAUCAACACUUGGGAGAGCAAGCUGAGGAUGACUCAGGAUGUGCUGGAGGAGUGGCUGACAUGCCAACGCUCCUGGCUCUACCUGGAGCCCAUCUUCAGCUCAGACGACAUCAACCGACAGCUGCCCGUUGAGGGGAAGAGAUACCAGACCAUGGAGCGUACCUGGAGGAAAGUGAUGAAGGCUGCGUACGAUAACAGACAGGUAAUUGAGCUUUGCCCGGACCAGCGUCUGCUGGAUAAUCUGAGAGACUGUAACAAGCUGCUGGAGCAGGUGCAGAAAGGGCUGAGCGAAUAUCUGGAGACCAAAAGGGGAUCCUUUCCCAGAUUCUACUUUCUGUCUGAUGAUGAGCUGUUAGAGAUUCUGUCUCAGACCAAAGACCCGACAGCAGUGCAGCCCCAUCUACGCAAAUGCUUCGAGAAUAUCGCAAGGCUCCAGUUCCAGCCAGACCUGCAAAUCACACACAUGUACUCCGGAGAGGGAGAGGAAGUCCAGCUGUUCCUCCCCGUGUGGCCUACUGGGAAUGUAGAGGACUGGCUAUGUGAUGUGGAGAAGUCCAUGAAGCUGAGUCUGCGUGACAACAUUGAGCGUUCCCUCAAGGUUUAUCCAGAGGAACCCCGUACUAAGUGGGUGCUGUCGUGGCCAGGGCAGGUGGUGAUAGCUGGAUGUCAGACUUUCUGGACUGCUGAAGUUUCGGAGUCUCUAGAGAAGGGAGACCUCGCCAAACGCUUGUAUCCUCAGCUCCAGACACAGCUGGGAGACCUGGUGCAGCUGGUCCGAGGCCGUCUGUCUAGAAUGCAGAGGGCUGUUCUCUCUGCUCUCAUCGUGAUCGAGGUACACGCUAAAGACGUGGCUGCCAAACUGGUGGAGGAAUCCGUGGCCAGCGUUAAUGACUUUGAAUGGAUCAGCCAGCUCAGAUAUUACUGGGCGAGAGAUGACCUCUACAUCAGGGCAGUGAAUGCAGAAUUCCUCUAUGGCUACGAGUAUCUCGGUAACUCCGGGCGACUUGUCAUAACACCACUGACCGACAGGUGUUACCUGACGCUGACUGGUGCUCUGCACCUGAAGUUUGGAGGUGCUCCAGCGGGUCCAGCUGGCACAGGUAAGACCGAAACCACUAAAGACCUGGGCAAAGCGCUGGCCAUCCAGACCGUCGUCUUCAACUGCUCUGACCAGCUCGACUUCCUCGCUAUGGGAAAGUUUCUCAAGGGUCUGGCCAGUUCUGGAGCCUGGGCAUGCUUCGAUGAAUUCAACCGCAUUGACGUGGAGGUGCUCUCUGUGGUGGCGCAACAGAUUACCACCAUCCAAAAGGCGCAGCAGCAGAGAGCAGAGAGGUUUGUGUUUGAAGGAACAGAGAUCCCGCUGGUUCCCUCCUGUGCCGUCUUUAUUACAAUGAACCCAGGCUAUGCCGGCCGAACUGAACUCCCUGACAACUUAAAGGCUCUGUUUCGUCCCGUUGCCAUGAUGGUCCCGGACUACGCCAUGAUCGCUGAGAUCUCUCUGUACUCGUUUGGCUUCAGCGAUGCAAAAGUCCUCUCCAAAAAGAUCACCAGCACCUUCAAGCUGUCCUCUGAGCAGCUCAGCUCUCAGGACCACUAUGACUUUGGCAUGAGAGCUGUGAAGACCGUGAUCUCUGCUGCAGGAAACCUGAAGAGAGAGAACCCUGAAAUGAAUGAGGAGCUGAUCUGUCUGCGUGCCAUCAGAGACGUCAACGUGCCCAAGUUCCUGCAGGAUGACCUCAAACUCUUCAACGGCAUUGUGUCUGACCUCUUCCCAAAGAUCCGCGAGGAGCCCAUCGACUAUGGCACCCUGGAGGAGUCAAUCCGUAAAGUGUGCAGGAGCAAGUGCCUGAAAGACGUGGACGGUUACAUUACAAAGAUUAUUCAGCUGUAUGAGACCACUGUGGUGAGACAUGGCUUGAUGCUGGUCGGGCCGUCCGGCUCGGGCAAAACUAAGUGCUAUGAGGUGCUGGGGGCGGCCAUGACGGCUCUGCAGGGUCAACCGUCAGUCAGUGGUGGAGUUUACCAGGCUGUUCAGACCUACGUCCUAAACCCAAAAUCCAUCACCAUGGGGCAGCUGUACGGAGAGUUCGACCUGCUCACACAUGAGUGGACGGAUGGCAUCCUGUCGUCCCUGAUCCGCACCGGAGCUGCCGCGAUGGACGAGGAGAAGAAGUGGUACAUGUUUGACGGGCCGGUGGAUGCCGUUUGGAUCGAGAACAUGAACACUGUGCUAGAUGACAAUAAGAAGCUGUGUUUGAGCUCAGGGGAGAUUAUCAAACUUACAGAUGUGAUGACUCUGAUGUUUGAGGUGCAGGAUCUGGCCGUAGCUUCCCCUGCCACAGUGUCCCGCUGUGGGAUGGUGUAUUUGGAACCCAGUAUUCUGGGACUUUCUCCAUUCACUGAAUGCUGGUUACACACCAUCCCUGUACCUCUACAGCCACAUGGCCAGCAGCUCAACUCUCUCUUCACACGAUUCCUGCAGGAUUCUAUCAUGUUUGUGAGGAAGUCAGUGAAUGAAGUGAUUACCUCGAUGGACAGCAACCUGACCUGCUCUUUACUCAAACUGCUGGACUGCUUCUUCCAGCCUUUCAUCCCACGAGAGGGAGAGAGGCCUCCUCCUCAGGAUAAGCUGGAUCGUGUAUGUGAGCUGAUUGAGCCGUGGUUUAUUUUUUCUCUGGUAUGGAGCGUGGGGGCCACCGGUGAUGCUGCUAGCCGUCAGCGCUUCAGUGCCUGGCUAAGAGACAAGAUGACGCAGGAAAAAAUUAAGUUGUGUUUCCCAGAAGAGGGACUGGUGUAUGAUUAUCGACUGGAUGACGCAGGCAUCAGUCAUCUGCAUGAAGAUGAGGAGGAUGCCAAAAGGAGGGAGGUGCAAUGGGUCAACUGGAUGAAUUAUGCCAAGAGUGUCGUCAUCACCCCAGAAACCAGCUACGCAGACAUCAUCGUGCCCACCGCUGACACCGUGCGCAUGUCCUUCUUGUUAGACAUGCUUCUGUCCAAUAAGAAGCCUGUGCUGUGUGUUGGUCCCACUGGCACGGGCAAGACCCUGACUGUGUCCGAUAAGCUGCUGAAGAACAUGCCGUCUGAGUACAUCACCCACUUCCUCAUGUUCUCCGCCCGCACCUCCGCCAACCAGACACAGGACUACAUCGACAGCAAGCUGGACAAGAGGCGGAAGGGUGUUUUCGGCCCUCCAUUGGGAAAGUACUACAUCUUCUUUAUUGAUGACCUUAACAUGCCCAUGCUGGAGACGUACGGUGCCCAGCCGCCCAUCGAGCUCCUGCGCCAGUGGAUGGACCAUGGAGGCUGGUAUGACCGGAAGCAGAUAGGAACGUUUAAGCAGUUGGUAGACAUCAAUUUUGCAUGUGCCAUGGGUCCUCCUGGCGGAGGCAGGAACCCAAUCACCCAACGCUUCACGCGCCACUUCAACUACCUCUCCUUCACCGAGAUGGAGGACUCCAGCAAGAGAAAGAUCUUCUCCACUAUCCUGGGCAGCUGGUUGGGAAAGGUUCCCGAGCUGAUUCCGUUGAAUGAGACCCUAGUGGAUGCCACUAUUAAGGUGUACUCCACCAUCACCUCUGGCCUCCUGCCCACUCCAGCCAAAUCGCACUACACUUUCAACCUGCGUGACCUGUCCAAGGUCUUCCAGGGUGUGCUCAUGGCUGAAGCUGGAAAGAUACAGGACAAGGUCCAGCUCCUGCGGCUGUGGUACCACGAGAGCUGCCGUGUGUUCCAGGACAGACUGGUGAGUCCAGAGGACAGGGACUGGUUCGAUAAGCUACUCCAGGAGCGCAUUGAGGAGUUUGACUGCAGUUUCCAGGAGGUGGUACCGUGCCAGCCGGUCCUCUUUGGAGACUUCAUGGUCCCUGGUACUGAUAACAAAGUGUACCAGCUCAUUGAGGACAGGGAGAAGCUGGCCCGGGUAAUGGAGGAGUACAUGGACGACUACAACCAGAUCAGCAACACUAAGAUGAAGCUAGUUCUCUUUAUGGAUGCCAUCCAGCAUGUGUGCCGUAUCGCCCGCAUCCUGCGCCAGCCGCUGGGAAACGCCCUUCUGCUCGGAUUGGGUGGCAGCGGGCGCCAGUCCCUCACCAAACUCGCCACGCACAUAUCUGACUACGAGUGCUUCCAGAUCGAGCUGUCAAAGAACUACGGUGUGGCGGAGUGGAGGGAGGAUAUUAAGAACAUCAUGAUGAAGGCUGGUCUCAAGAAUAUUCAGAUCACCUUCCUCUUUGUCGACACCCAGAUUAAGAGCGAGUCAUUCCUGGAGGACAUUAAUAACAUCCUGAACUCGGGUGACGUGCCAAACCUGUACAUCGGAGAAGAGCAGGAGAGGAUCAUGACAGCCAUGAAGCCCGUGGUGCAGGAUCUCGGCAUGCAGCCCACCAAGGCCAACCUCAUGGCCGCCUACAUCAGGAGAGUCCGCAGCAACAUCCACACCGUGCUGUGCAUGAGUCCGAUAGGUGAAGUGUUCCGCGCCAGACUCAGGCAGUUCCCCUCUCUAGUCACAUGCUGUACUAUUGACUGGUUCAGUGCCUGGCCAGAGGAGGCCCUGCAGUCUGUAGCAUCGUCCUUCCUCAAUGAGCUACCAGAACUGGAGGCCAGUCCGGCUGCCCUGAGAGGCAUGACGGCGAUGUGUGUGGAGAUCCACCAGAUGGUGGCUCUCAAGUGCGAACAUUACCGUGCUGAACUCUCACGCUAUAACUACGUUACACCCAAGAGCUACCUGGAGCUGCUCAGUAUUUUCUCAGCCCUGAUUGGCCAGAAGAAGCAGGAACUGCAUUGGGCUCGUCAGCGCAUGAAGGCUGGUCUGGACAAGCUCUUGAGCACAGCCGAGGAUGUGAGUAAGAUGCAGGAGGAGUUGGAAACAAUGAGGCCUCUGCUGGAAGAAGCAGCCAGAGACACCGUCGUCACCAUGGAGAAAAUCAAGCAAGACACAUUGGUUGCAGAGGAGACCCGCGUGUCAGUGCAGGCCGAGGAGGCCAAGGCGUCUGAGAAGGCCAGUAUAGCCAGUGCAUAUGCUGCAGAUGCCCAGAGCAACCUUGAUAAAGCUCUGCCUGCGCUGGAUGAUGCGUUAGCCAGCCUCAAAUCUCUAAACAAGAACGAUGUCACUGAGGUGAGGGCGAUGCAGAGGCCUCCUCAGGGAGUGAAGCUGGUCGUCGAGGCAGUCUGCAUUCUGAAGGGCAUCAAACCCAAAAAGGUAGCUGGAGAAAAGCCAGGGAGCAAGGUGGAUGAUUACUGGGAGCCUGGGAAAGGACUUCUGCAGGAUCCUGGAAAAUUCGUAGAGAGCCUCCUGAAGUUUGACAAGGACAAUAUCCCAGAUUCUGUGAUCAAAAUGCUGCAGCCUUACAUAGACAACGAGGAGUUCCAUCCGGCCUCCAUAGCUAAAGUGUCCAGGGCCUGCACAUCCAUCUGUCUGUGGGUCCGUGCUAUGCAUGGGUAUCAUUUUGUGGCCAAAUCCGUGGAGCCCAUUCGGCAAGCCCUUGCUGUGGCUCAGGAGGACCUGGAAAUAACUCAGAAUAUUCUGAAGGAGGCCAAAGAAAAGCUUGAGGCGGUGGAGGAGGGCAUUGCAGCGCUGCAGGCCAAAUAUCAAGAGUGUCUAGCCAAACGUGACGAACUUGACAGCAAGUGUCAGCUGUGUGAAUGCAGACUGAUUCGUGCAGACCAGCUGAUUGGUGGGCUUGCUGAUGAGAAGGUGCGCUGGGGCGAAACAGUGCAACAUUUGGAUUAUCUGGUGGAUAAUGUAGCUGGUGAUGUGCUGCUGGCUGCAGGAUAUAUAGCCUACCUUGGACCUUUCACUGGCGAGUAUAGAGCAUUGAUGUUUGAAGAGUGGCUGCGCGGUUUUAAGGAACAGCAGGUCCCUCACACAUCCGAGCCCAGCCUCAUCAACACACUCGGAGACAAAGUCAAAAUCCGUUCCUGGCAGAUUGCCGGUUUGCCAAAAGACAACCUCUCUGUGGAAAAUGGAGUGAUCACUCAGUACUCUCAACGCUGGUCUCUGUUCAUCGACCCUCAGGGCCAGGCCAACAAGUGGAUCAAGACCAUGGAACGUGAUAAUGGACUGGAUGUGAUGAAGCUGAGUGACCGGGACUUCCUACGCAGUCUGGAAAACGCCAUUCGGUUCGGGAAGCCCUGUCUGCUGGAGAAUGUGGGAGAGGAGCUGGACCCAGCACUCGACCCUGUUCUGCUGCGACAGACAUUUAAGCAGCAGGGCAGUACAGUACUGAAGUUAGGUGACACCGUUAUUCCCUACCACGACGACUUCAAGAUGUACAUCACCACUAAGCUGCCAAAUCCACACUAUUCUCCUGAGAUCUCCACCAAAGUCACCCUCAUCAACUUCACCCUCUCCCCGAGCGGCUUGCAGGACCAGCUGUUGGGCCGGGUAGUAGCUGAAGAGAGGCCUGACCUGGAGGAGGCCAAGAACCAGCUGAUUGUGAGCAAUGCACGCAUGAAGCAGGAGCUGAAGGAGAUCGAGGACCAGAUCCUGCUCAGGCUCAGCUCAUCAGAGGGUAACCCCGUCGAUGAUGAGGAGCUCAUACGAGUGCUUGGAGCCUCCAAGGUCAAAGCUGGAGAGAUACAGGCCAAAGUGAUGGUGGCGGAGGAGACCGAGCGAGACAUCGACUCCACACGUCUGGAGUACAUCCCUGUGGCCGUGCGCACCCAGAUCCUCUUCUUCUGCGUGUCUGACCUGUCCAACGUGGACCCCAUGUAUCAGUACUCGCUAGAGUGGUUCCUGGGCAUCUUUAUGGCGGGCAUUGCUAACUCGGAACGCGCAGACACACUGGAGCAGCGCAUCAGCAACAUUAAUGAGUACUUCACCUUUAGCCUCUACAGCAACGUGUGCCGCAGCCUGUUCGAGAAGCACAAGCUUAUGUUCGCCUUCCUGCUGUGCGUUCGCAUCAUGAUGAACAAAAAUAAGAUUGAUAUGGCUGAGUGGCAGUACAUGUUAUCAGGAGGCACAAGUCUGCAGCAGCUUCCAAACCCGUCGCCUGCCUGGUUAUCAGAGCGGGCAUGGCAGGACAUCAUGGCCCUCAGUGCUCUGCCCAACUUUACAGGCCUGGCACACACCUUCUCCAAACAUGAGCUUGAAUACAAGAGGAUCUUUGACAGCAACCAGCCACACCGGGAGCCUCUCCCGGCUGAGUGGGAGAGCAAGCUGGACAGUUUUCAGAGACUGUUAGUGCUACGCUGUCUGCGUGUAGAUUGCCUAACACAAGGCCUGCAGGACUUUGUGUCAGCACAGCUGGGUCAGCGCUUCAUCGAACCACAGACGUCUGACCUGUCUGUGGUCUUUAAGGAGUCAUCUCCCUCCACUCCGCUUAUCUUUGUGCUAUCACCCGGCACCGACCCCGCAGCUGACCUCUACAAGUUCGCAGAUGUCAUGAAGUUCUCCAAGAAAAUGAGCGCCAUCUCGCUAGGCCAGGGCCAGGGUCCCUGGGCUGAAGCGAUGAUGCACAGUGCGAUGGAUAAGGGGCAGUGGGUAUUUUUCCAGAAUUGCCACCUGGCACCCAGCUGGAUGCCCACUCUGGAGCGACUCAUCGAGAACAUCAACCUUGACAAGGUCCAUCGGGACUUCCGUCUGUGGCUUACUAGUUUGCCCAGCAACAAAUUCCCGGUCUCCAUUCUUCAGAACAGCUCCAAGAUGACCAUCGAGCCUCCACGAGGCAUCAAGGCCAACCUACUGAAGACCUACUUGAGCCUGAGUGAUGACUUCCUCAAAGCCUGCUCCAAGACUGCAGAGUUCAGGUCUCUGUUGUUGUCUCUCUGUCUGUUCCACGGAAAUGCCAUCGAGCGCAGGAAAUUUGGUCCACUGGGUUUCAACAUUCCGUAUGAGUUCACAGAUGGAGACCUGCGCAUCUGCAUCAGCCAACUCAAAAUGUUCCUUGAUGAAUACCAGGACAUUCCUUACAAGGUUUUGAAGUACACAGCCGGUGAGAUAAACUACGGUGGCCGUGUGACAGACGACUGGGAUCGCCGCUGCAUUAUGAACGUGUUGGAGGACUUCUACCGUCCCGCUGUGCUGAACCCUGAGCACAUCUACUCACCCUCGGGAGAGUACCGCCAGAUCAGCACAGACCUGGACCUCAAGGGCUACCUGUCGUACAUCCGCGGUCUGCCAAUCAAUGACACGCCAGAGAUCUUUGGCCUGCACGACAACGCCAACAUCAGCUUUGCCCAGAACGAGACGUUCGCUCUUUUGGGUGCUGUACUCCAGCUGCAGCCCAGAGCCGCCUCCAGUGGGGGCAAAGCCAGAGAGGAGAUAGUCGAGGAGAUUGUGACAGGGAUUGUGCAGAAGAUUCCAGACCCCAUCGACAUUGAGGAAGUCGUUACCAAGUACCCAGUGAUGUAUGAGGAGUCUAUGAACACUGUACUGAUUCAGGAAGUUAUAAGAUAUAAUAAGUUGUUAGCAGUGAUCUCACAGAGUCUCAGUGAUCUGGUGAAGGCUCUGAAAGGUUUGGUGGUGAUGUCAUCCGAGCUCGAGCUCAUGGCCAACAGUCUGUUCAUCAACGCCGUUCCAGAAAUGUGGAAGGCCAAGGCAUACCCAUCUCUAAAGCCACUGGCCUCCUGGGUAUCUGACCUGCUGCAGCGCAUCAGUUUCUUGAAGCACUGGAUCUCUGGUGGGAUUCCAGCUGUGUUCUGGAUCAGCGGCUUCUUCUUUCCACAAGCCUUCCUGACGGGAACGCUGCAGAACUACGCCCGCCGCUCUGUCCUCUCCAUCGACGCCAUCAGCUUCAGCUUUAAGGUGAUGAAGGAGCCAGUGACGGAGUUGACCAAGCGGCCCGAGAUGGGAUGUUUCAUCCAUGGUUUAUUCCUGGAGGGGGCACGCUGGGACACACACGCUGGCCUGCUGACCGAGUCUCGGCCCAAAGAGCUCUACACUGAGAUGGCCGUCAUCUGGAUGGUGCCCACGCCCAACCGCAAACCGCCACAGUCCGGCAUCUACAUCUGCCCCAUAUACAAAACGCUCACACGCGCCGGAACUCUGUCCACCACCGGUCACUCCACUAACUACGUAAUUGCAGUAGAGCUUCCCACAGACCAAAGCCAGAGGCACUGGAUAAAGCAAGGGGUGGCACUGAUAUGUGCACUGGAUUACUGAAAACACACACACACACUCUCUCUUACAUUCUCCCUUUUUUGUUUUUCUUUCAAAGACACGAUGUUUAAAGAACUGAAGAGGAACUCUCUCGUCAGGAAGUGCACUCAAAACUAUUUCCUAUUUAAACUCCUAGAUGAUUCAACUUGUCAGAUAAAUCGUUUGUGUAUGCAGCACAUUUCCUACAUUGUUUAAAAAUCUCGAGCUCCAUUAGCAAUACUCUGUCAGUGAACUUUGUGCAUCUUUCUGAAAUAUACUUCAUUCCCAUUCCUAAAUAUCUUAAAUAAAAUAAAUGUCCCAUUCAA